AAUAUCAAAAGCAAGGACAAUCACCGCAAAUUACUUAUGUUCAAUGUCGUUUAGUGAAUAUUGAGUUCUUUAUGAAGCAAGUGAGAGCAAAAUUGCAUGUGUAUGUGUGUAUGUAUGUAUGUGUGUAUGUAAGAGAGAGAAAGAGAGAGAGAAAGAGAAAGAGUGGGGAAGGAUAAACUCCCGGUCGAUACCUAUAUAGGCAGGCUAAGGAAUAAACGUUUCAGUGAUGAUGUCUCUUCUCUUAGGAUUUACCCGUUGUUAAAUGACACCGUGGGGUUAACUUGACUCGGUUCCAACUAACAAACUCCCUAUCCCCCAUAGACUGUAAAUGUCUUAUUGUAAUCUAAAAACGCAUUCCGCAUAUUAAUAUUACUUAUGACGUUUUUUUUUGUUUAAUUAAAAGAUAAAUUUCUAAUAAAAAGAUUAAUCAUCAUAACGUACAAAAUUUUAUGAUUUCUACGUUUAUAAACGUCGAUAGUGAUUGUCUGACGAUAAGAAAGAAUCAUCAUCGUAGUGUUCUUAUUUAAUUUAGUGAUUAGACGAGUAAACUCUAAUAACAUAGAUAUAACUAUCAAAAUAAUAAUAUAUAAUCUUAUUAAAACGAAGAAAAUCAAGUGGUUUCUAAAGUGUCAUACAUUUUUUUGUUCAUUUCGAAGACUUUUAUUUGAUAUCUAUGUCGAGUCGCGAUAGAUCUUUUAGCUUUUUUUCUUUCUUCUCUUUUUGCUUUCCUUUUGUUAAUUUUUAAAAGAAUAUAAUUAAAUUGGAAAAUCACGUUUUACGAAGAAAAUGUCACCUCAAGAAAAACUUGAUACAACGACCACCACUGGGUUGAAUUUAACAAAUAAUACCUGUGACACUUUAUCGCAGACUUCAAAUUCUACAGAUAAACAUGGGAAUCGUAAGAAUUCAGGAAAGGAUAUUAAAAAUCAACUUGCCAAUGGAAAGGAUAUCAAAGAAAUGGACUUCGACGAUCUUUUACCUUACGUCGGGGAAUUUGGACUUUAUCAAAAGAUACUCUUCAUUCUGAUGAUACCAUUUGCUUCGUUCGUUGCUUGGGUAUAUUUCUCUCAAAUCUUUCUCACUUUGGUACCGGAAGAACAUUGGUGCUGGGUACCAGAAUUAGAAAAUCUUACCGUCUCAGAAAGAGUCGCAUUAGCAAUACCAAUUGGAAAGGAAGGUUAUUCAAAGUGUACCAUGUACGAUGCUAAUUACACUGAGAUUCUGUCAAAGGGUAUAAAGGUCAACGAUCCAACGUGGUCAAUAAAAAAGUGUCAGCACGGUUGGGAAUUCAACUACACGGAGAUUCCUUAUUCAACUAUAGCAACCGAGUUUGAAUGGGUUUGUGACGAUAGUGCUUUACCAAGUACAGCUCAGAGUAUCUUCUUCGUUGGCGCCAUUUUUGGUGGAUUGAUAUUUGGAUGGAUCGCUGAUAAAUAUGGUCGAGUACCAGCAUUGGUUGGAGCAAACAUCAUUGGAUUUUUAUCAGGAGUAGCUACGAUUUUUGCAGGAAGUUUCUGGGAAUUUGCCGCUUGCCGUUUCUUCUUUGGUUUUGCUUUCGACAAUUGUUUUACUAUGAUGUAUAUAUUAGUUUUGGAAUACGUCGGACCAAAAUGGCGUACAUUCGUAGCGAACAUGUCGAUAGCAAUUUUCUUCACCUUCGCCUCUUGUGUUUUACCUUGGAUUGCUUACUUUUUGGCCGACUGGAGAAUGACCUGCUUGGCAACGUCCGUUCCCUUAAUUUUAGCUAUAUUGUCACCUUGGUUAAUACCGGAAAGUGCAAGGUGGUUGGUCAGUCAAGGACGUGUAGAUCAAGCCAUAGGGAUAUUGAGAAAGUUCGAACGGAUCAAUGGUACCAAGGUUCCUGAUGACAUUUACAAGCAAUUUCAAGAAACCUGUGCUAAAUUGCAUAAAGAAGAAGAAGCCGACAAAUCUUAUUCCGUCUUAGAUUUGUUUAAAAGUCCACGGCUACGUAAGAUUACGAUCUUAUUCAUAAUAAUUUGGAUGGCGAUCUCUCUGGUGUUCGAUGGUCAUGUGAGGAACGUUGACAAUCUUGGUCUAAACGUUUUCGUCACGUUCACCGUUGCUGCAGCUACCGAAUUACCAGCUGACACAUUCUUGACACUCGUCCUUGACAGAUGGGGUAGAAGAUGGUUAGCAUGUGGUUCAAUGGUGAUAUCUGGAAUCUUCAGUAUCUGGGCUUGCGCUAUUUCAAACAGUAAGUUAUCCUUUAGGAAUAUUCAUUUUUACAUUUUACCAACUACCGAUUACUUUUCCUUUUACUUUUUCCUUACAGAUAUUUAUUCCGCCACUCUUGCUAUAUGUGGUAGAUUUUGGGUAAACAUUUCCUACAAUAUAGGUUUGCAAUACGCAGCUGAAGUUUUACCAACCGUAGUACGUGCUCAAGGAGUUGCACUGAUUCACAUAAUGGGAUACGUCGCCAGCAUUUUAGCACCCUUCGUAGUUUAUUUGAAUAUCAUUUCUUCGAUCCUUCCAUUGUUACUUUUAGGUAUCUUUGGAAUUUUAGGUGGUCUCUUAACUCUUUUCCUACCAGAAACGUUAGACAAGGAUUUGCCGCAAACUUUGGAGGAUGGGGAGAACUUCGGUUUGAAUCAAAAAAUGUGGGAUGUACCCUGCUUCUCAAAGAAAUCGAAAGAAAAAGAACCCCCAGCACCAGAAAUAUUCCGAUCAUUCAGCAGAACUAGCACGAGGAUUUCAAUGAGAGCAUCCCUUCGUGGCGAAGUGAUGCGAAGUAAACUAAUUCAUAGAUCCAGCAUGAGGUCGCAAAAAACAACAAGUCCGACAGUGGAAAUGGCUAAGUUAUAGCGAACAAAGUCCAUGUCAUUCGUUUGAUUCUUGCAAAUUGUGAUACCGAAAGUUAUUGGAGUUUUGUCCGAAGCUUCGAUAAUAAUAUCGGUAGAAAAAAAUGCAUCGAGUGACAAAUUUGUGAAAAAUUGACAUUAUUCAAAAUAACAAGUAUGAACAUUAAGAAGUUUUUAGAGAA